AUGUCUUUAAUAUUGGGGGAAGUGUCUUCUAGGGAUAAUAGAUCUGGUGGGAGGUCUCCUAAUCUAGAGAAUCCAAAUCUGCACAGCUUGCAGAUCACUAGUGUGUUGUUGGAUGAAUACAAUUUCAGAGAAUGGUCUGUUUCUACCAUGCUCUUCAUUACUUCCCGGGAACUCACCGGUUAUUUAGAUGGGCAGAAGAAGGAACCUGAAGUGGGUAGUGUGGAGUACGUAGUUUGGCGUAAGGAGAAUGCUACUGUUAUGUCCUGGCUGCUUGCUUUAAUGACUCCAAGAGUAGUCAGGACUGUUCAACACUUUUYCACUACUGCUAAGAUUUGGGAGAAAGUGUCUAAAACUUAUGGACAGAGAAAGAACAAUGCCAGAAUUUAUAGGCUAAACCAAGACAUUGCUGCCUUGAUAUAA